CUCACAUGCAGGCUAUCAACGAGGAAGUACCUUAUUGAACAUUUACAACAAACGUUAGACAUUUAUGUGAAAUAUUAAUUAACAAUGUUAACAAAAUAAAACACAGACUCGGACACACAAAAAUUGUUCAUUUUAUUUGUUUGUUUCUCGUAUUGUUUUCUUUUAAACGGACUGGAUAUAUUCUUUUUGCAAAACUGAAAUGGCUAAUAAUACAUCGAACAGCGGUCAGGAUUUGAAUGAUAAAAUACACAGAAGUCAUUUACGGGCUUUAUUGGGUCGAACUAUUUCAGGGACGAAUCAAGAUUCAGAGGAAGAACGCCAUAAGCAGGGCGGUGAUCCUGGUAAAACUACAAAUAAACUAACGCUUCCACGUCGCAUAAAAAAUAUAACGCCGAAAGUUCGUGACAGAGGAAUGGAAUUUGUGCACGAGACAAAGGAUUAUAAUGUGGCGGAGUUUUACGAGCACUUCAAUAAUGACUUGCCGAAAACUGUGAUGGUGAAUCAAGGAUUCUGUGGCGAGAUAGUAGAGGACACUUUCGACAGAGAGCAGGUUCUUCGUGUACAUGCAAUAUCGAAACAAAGGCGGGUUGUUGCCAAGUUUCAGUACGGGAAUCACCAUAGAUUAAUCAGCAUACCGGUGUCGUAUGAAGAAAAAUUGUGUGUCGUUAAACAAGGCGGAAAACGAAACACAUUACAAUUUUCCAACAACAGCUGGGAAAUAGACGGAAAGCCAAAAGCUAUGUAUAUAAUCUUGAAGGAUUAUACGCUCCCGUUGACCGUCCAGUUUCCGAAGGACCACAGCAUUACAGUGGGUAACCAAACAGUGAGCACCAAUAAUAUCCCGUGCAUGGAACUCGUGCAAACAUUUGAUGAGGUUUACCUGUUGUCAAAUUUUAUAACCGACGGUGUAAUGAGCCAGGAAGUUGUGCACGUACCGCUAUACCUGUCACAACUCAGACUUGCCAUCGUGACAGGGAUUAAAGGUCAAAGUAAGGAAAAAUGGUCCGGCUACCAACAGGAAUUAGACCGUGCUGCGUCUUAUAUAGAAUUUGAUCAAGAAUUUGGAAACCCAAACAUAGCCGAGUACGAUCCAAGUGCAAUCCACUCAGAUGCCACCUAUUCCUAUGUAGAACCGACGGCUUACUCCAACUUUGUGAGCCUUGUUAACAAGUCACCUUUGAAAUCCUUUGAUAAUCUAGCCUACAGCGAGGGACAUAAACAACAUGAGGAUAACCCCAACGUCUAUGAAGAAAUUGACAACACAGCACGACACGGGAAGACGACACACGGGCACUCGACACACGGAAAAAACGAAAAACAUAUAAAGCCUCCGUCAAAUCAGGCGUUAAAGAAAGAACUAGAAACUGUACUAAAGUCAAAUGAGGAACCUGAUACCACACCCCAAUUGACUUCGUUUAAACCACAACCGCAAACGAAAAAUAUUCAUCCGCCUCCCCCUUUGGCACCAAAACCACAAAUGCACCAUGAUUCUAGCCAUGGUUCUUCGCCAGCACUUCCGGAACGGAAAGCGAUUCCUGGCAUUCCGCCAACUGCCCAAACAGGAAACGCUGGGCAUUCACUUUACCAAAACGAUGUCCCGAGAACAAGGAUUUCACCUACGAUGCAGACGACUCCGAAACAAGAGCAUAAACCAUUACCAGUUGCAGAAGAAGUGAAGAAAGUAGUUCGGGAAGUGCACUGUCGCGAUGACGUCGCGAAACUCACUAUUGACGAAGUGACGGAGUAUCUGAGAAGGCUUAACCUAGAAAAAUACGCAAACACUUUUAAGAAUGAGCAAAUUGAUGGUCCCAUGCUAUCUGAUCUAGAUAAAGACAUGCUGAGAGAUGAUUUUGGUAUGAAAGGUGUUGAGGCACUGAGACUAUUAAAAUUUGCGAAAGAAGGUCACGUGCCAAAUUAGAUGAUAAAUGUACUUGAUGGAUCAGAUUCUUUAUUUCAUUUCUUUGAUUUAAGCACGUGUUAUUUACAAUGCCUUCGUGAUCAAUUCCUAAUUUCCUUCACAUCAAAACUUUAAGCGGUGUUAUAAAGCUGAUUAAGAACAAUAUUAUUUCUUAAACAUAUACGAAUUAAGUGACAGUCACAACACAUUGUAUCAAAAAUAAGUGCCCAACAUGUUUCCCAAUAUUACAAACAAUUGUAUCGUGACUACUGUCCAUCUUUAAGACUACAUGUUUUUAGUUAUUCGUUAAUCAGUAAUCGUUUUUAUUAUACUGAUAUAAAUGUAACUUUAAGUGUUCAUUUAGUGUUAUAUGCCUGUAUGACAAUGUGUUUUAUAUAGGUUGUCAAAUCUCUAUGGAUUAGUUGUUUAGUUUGUGUCAUUGACCAUUUUUACUGUUUAGUUUGUGCUAUAAUUCAUCAGUCAAUUAUAAUCCUGUCUCCGGGAAGUGCAGGGAUAGCGAGGGUAGGGGAAAAGGGGAAGGAGAUAUUUCCAACACACAUUACCGGGCCAUUGAGAUGAGCUUGUAAGUCGACAUUGAGGCCUUCAAAGGUUCGGAAGUAAUCAAAAUGUUCCAGAUAUACCUUUUGUGUGAAAGACCGCGGCAGAUGUAAUUGCUUAGAACACUCUUUUUCCUUAUGAUUACUGGUAAAAGGGAAGACUACGACAACAAAUGCUCAGUACAUAUAUAACGGUUAUUUCAUCUUAGAAAUAUUAUACUGUGGAUAGUUAUAUAAUGCAACAAAUAUCUUUCCACUUUGUUUCCUACAUGUAUAAGUAUUUUUUAUCGAACUCUGUUAGAUAUGUCAUAAACUUUGUUUAUACUUGUCAACAAUUCGUCUCGGCUAACUUACUCUAACUUAUAACACUUUACACCACACAGUAUCUGAACUGUAUGACUAUAAAUUGUAGUAUACAAUUUUAUGUUGAAUAAAAUAUAUGUUAUGUAAAGAUAUAGUGAUUUUACACUGGUACCAAAAUAAUAUGUGAAUCUUACAAUACUUUAAAUUAAUGUAACAAUAAAUCUUAUUCUAAUUGUUGAAUAUACUUUUUAACAGAUUUUUAUAAUUCAAUGUAUUUUCGUUUAAGUGAUAUUCAUGUAUAUUUUAGUAUUUAUUGUAAAAAAAUAAUCAGUAAAUCAAAAUAGUGUAAUUUUUUAGAGCUAUGUUAAGGGACUCAAAUGAGUUGGGUUUUUUACAUGAAGGGACUGGGAAAAAAAAUUUUUUGAGACUUGAGAAACAUUUGAUGUAAGUCUGGAUUAAUAACUUGUGAGCAAAAUUUCAGAUCAGUCUAUCAUUGUGUCGUGAACUUUUAACUUACUUGCUAUUUGUGAUUUAAAGUUAUUGUCUUCUAACGCCUUGUCUAAGUAUAAAGAAUUAAUAUUACUUGUCAUUGUAAAUAAAUAAACUAAAACAGAUAACCUUAUAAA